CCGGAAGGUCAGCUGAUCAUUUACUUCAGUGUGGUGACCAGCAGCCUGUCAAUUUCAAGCUAGCACGCAACGUAACGCUUCGACGCUGUAACACUGAGUAACUCACAUUCCCAAAGAUGGCUGACGCAAACCAACAAAGUCCUCCUCCCCAGUUAGGGCUCGUGCAAUUUUUAAUCAGCAACAAACUAGAAACUGCAAUGUGGCUUUCACGACUCUUCACCGUCUACUGCUCCGUAAUGUUUAUUCUACCGAUCUUAGGACCCUAUGCAGCAGCUAACUUCUAUCAGCGAGCCUUGUUAGCGAACGCCCUCACCAGUGCCCUCCGCUUGCAUCAAAGGCUUCCACGCUUUCAGCUGAGCAGAGCUUUCCUGGCCCAGGCUCUUCAAGAAGAUAGUUGUCAUUACCUGCUCUACUCACUCAUCCUGGUCAACUCCUACCCCAUCACGAUGAGCAUCUUCCCAGUCUUCCUCUUUUCAUUGCUUCACGCAACUACCUACACAAAGAAAGUCCUUGAUUCUGUGGGUCCCAGCAGUCUGAUGUUCAUCAGAAACCUUUUGGACAAACUUACAUCCAAUCAGCAGAACAUCCUGAAGUUCAUCGCAUGUAAUGAGAUCUUCUUGAUGCCAGCCACUGCUUUUAUGCUCUUCAGUGGCCAGGGAAGCUUGCUGCUGCCUUUCAUUUACUACCGAUUCCUCACCCUCCGCUACACAUCCAGAAGAAACCCAUACUGCCGCACCUUGUUCACAGAGCUGCGAAUUCUCCUGGAGCACUUCAUCAUGAAGCCUGCCUGCCCCGCCUUCUUCAGGAAGAUGUGCCUCAGCAGUAUCGCCUUCAUCAGCCGCCUCGCCCCCACGGGGGUCUGAUUAUUCUACAUAAAAGUUUUGUUUUCUUUAUGUUUUGUUUUUCCACCAUUUUAAGAUGUGACUUAAACUUUGAUGAGGACAGACAUUGCCAUCAACAGAAGGAACUGUUUUUUGAAUGUCAACUUUACAGUCUAUGCUCCAACUUCUCUGUAUAUUUGAGUACAGUUGAAGAGCAGCCAGUAAUGCACUGAAGUCUCAUGGUGAUGUUUCUUUCCCCAUCUUCUUAAUGUGACCUCAUUCAAGCGGUGGACACCCUCACUUUGUUACGUUCACUGAAUGCAGCUCAGUAGACAUCAGCUGUGAUCUAUAUGUACCGGCUGUUAAAUUUUUGUUCCUUUUAUGUCCUUAUUUAUUCAUAAAAUUAUGAUGAAACAUUAACAUUCUGAGAUUAUUAACUUAAAAAAAAUAGUGCGUAUACAUAAUUAAAAAUGUUCUUUUUUUAAUGAUCAUGUUGUGCUUGGCUGAAUGGAGGAUGGGGUUUGUUUGCAGUUUCUUCACGGUCCAAUUUGUCUUCCUUUUUUCUUUUCUUUUUUAUGUGCAAAGCAUCCAAUGCUCUGAUUUGUCUAAAUGCCUAACUUUUUAAAUGUACUCUGUCAAUGCCAUCAACUCACUCUUUUAACAACUUGAAAAUCUAUGUAGGUAUGAUGUCAAAAUGGAUGUUGAAUUGAGAAACAAGAUAUCUGCUGUAUUUUAUAGAAUAUUUUAAGGUACCAGACAUUUUGCUGUAGGAUAUAUUUCAAAUGAGUUGCACAAUGCCUGUCAUGUUUUAGUGCAUUCUCACCUUGUUUCUCAGUCUGAGAGCUGUUUUGAAUUUGCUUCAUAUAUUUGUUGCUAUCUAGUUUUCUUGCAUAAUGCAUGCUCUGAUUUAUUUUUCUGCCAUGUUAAAUGUGUUUCUUUGCCUACAGACAAACCACAUUUUUAUGACAAGAAUAAAAUGAUCUCUUAAUUAAACCAAUAAAAAAAUUAAAGAACAGGAA